GUGCCACGGGGACAUGAGGAAUAUGAGCUGAAGAUUCUCACCAAAUACUAUGUCUUUUUUGGCCCGUAUCCGCCUUCGUAUGUGGAUCUGGCGGAUGAUGAGACGUUGGCCAUUCUGUCUUAUGUUAUGGAUAAUGUUCCGGCUGAGAAGAGGAAGCCGUUUUCGAGGGCUGGUCGGCAAGAAAUCUCGGUGGAGGAUAGGGAGUUUGUGUGUAAGAUUAUGAGGAUGGAUCCGAGGGAUAGACCGACUGCGAGGGAGCUUCUGGGGGAUAAAUGGUUCCAGAUGUUACCAAAUCUUCUUUAUUGCCCUAAGUGCAAUCAUUGGAAGUGGAAUCUUCCUCGAGAAUUGAACCGCCCUUGGUAGCUCCGGCUCGAUGGGCUUGCUUCUCGCGACCCUCAUCAUGAGCGUGGUCGUGGUCGCCGUUAAUGAAUGCUUCGCCGAGCUAAGCCAACGAUUCCCAAUCUACAACGCCAUUGCCGAGUAUGUGCGCACUUUCCUAGAUGAGGAGCUGGGCUGGGUAGUUGGCUUGGCUUAUUGGUACGCAUACGCCGCGGCUUUCGCCACGCAGAAUAUGACGGCAGGGAUGUUGCUCGAAUACUGGGGUCUGUCAAAGGCAUGGCGAGCGUUGAUCUGCUAUGGUCUUGUUCCUAUAGCGCUGUUCCUGCUGAAUGCGAUGGGUGUAUUUUAUUACGGUCUUGUGGGGACGUUUGGGGGCUGUUUGAAGCUCAUCAUGAUCAUCGCCAUCUCAAUAUAUCUUUAUGUGAUUGCAGGGGAUUCGGCCGUCAAGAUUCCUUCGCUCAGCUUCUCUCACUCUGACGAAUAUGCAAGCAAGGCUCAGGCUGGUUGUUAUGCGCUUACAAUUAUCACAUAUGCAUUCCAAGGGAUCGAGAUCUAUGCUAUGGCAGCAUAUGAGGCCUGGGACGAUAAUUCCCUGGGAUGGGCUUCCCAGUAUACUGUAUACGUCGUGGUUGUGGUGUAUAUCAUGUGCACUGUCGGGGAGGUUCUCACCGUGGACCGGAAUAGCAUAUUCCCCGACCUCGAUGCUGACAGGAAAAGGGGCCAAUCCAGCAGCAUGGUAAUCAUCGCUGCGCUCAAUGCCAAAGACAAGCGUCUUGCAGGAUUUCUCAACGGAUGCCUAUUCUUCAGCGUUCUGUCCGCCGCCAAUACUUCCCUCUAUGUGGCUUCGCGUACCUUGUAUGGAAUGGCCGACAAGAUGCCCAGAAAUUGGAUCACACGAAGCCUUUCCACGGUGUCAAAGAAGAAUCAGGUACCGGUGGCCGCCUUGCUCGUCAGUAUGUUGUCGUUCUACUGGGUGCCGUUUCUUCGGCUCAAGGAUUGCUACGUCGCGGAGCAGAUAACUGAAGUCAUUUCCUUCACCUGCAGCAAUGCUAUUAUGAUUGUAUGGGCUGCUGUCUGCGGAGCCUUUAUUCGCUAUCACCGUUGGAUGAAGCAUUACAGCGAGGGUCUCCCCACCCGACAGCGCCGAACCCCCCGAGGACCUCUUGCCUCCCUCCAACCCCUCCAAGCCUGGCUCGGCCUGAUCACCUGUAUCGUAGUUUUUGCAUUCUCCAGUGCCCCGUGGUGGAAUGACAAUGCGACUGUGGGCAAGGUCGCCGAGGCCUACGGAACUCAUAUCGUAUCUGUUACGCUUUUCCUGCUUCUCAAGGUGAAGAAAGCCUUCAACAGUGAGGAAAAGUUAUUCAUACCAGCCGCGAACCUCGCGAGAUUAACCGAGGAGUUGGAUGAUCUGGAAAUCCGGAGAAUCAACCACGCGGGAACCACUCGGUUGGAGCAGUGGAUGACGGGUUUAGUAGGUCGGGUUCGUCGACGGAGUACAGUUAACCCUGAUGAUGAUCGGGGCUUGGAGAAUACGGAUUUCCAUGCGGAUUUGUUGAUGGUGCAGACACAGCCAGCUCUGACAUCUGGGACGUUGGCUACGGGUGUGGCGGUGGAGAUGAGGUCUUGAUCGAUUGGAAGUGUAGGAUAGAUGGAGUGAGUGUAUUUUUAUAAUGCUGUAUAGUAGGAAUUCGGGGAGGGGGUUGAGGAAUAUUGUUGGAAUUAAUGUUGGUGCUGGUUUGCGGUUUGAUUUGGGAAAUGUUGAUGUCAGUCAAUCCUCUGUCUCCCUCUCUCUCUGACGACUUAGCAUG